CUAUGAAAAAAAAAUUAUUUAUUUGGACUCAUUUGAAUAUUUUCUAAAAAAAAUCCUAUUUAUAUGAUUGGCACGCUAAUUUCGAACUCGCAUACCUUGGAAAACUCAAAAUUAUCAGCUCCAAAUGAAUCGUAUACCGAAUCCUUCGCGCCGCCAGGCGAGUGACGUCUUCAUUGGAGAUCCCUUCAAAAUUCACUCAUACAACUUUCGCUAUGCCGACAAGCCAUUUUAUCCGGUCCAGAACUAUCAAAGACCUACGCCACCGACUCCGCCGGCACUGGCGAAGAAGUCCUCCUUCCAGACCUUCUACCACAAUCCCAGAUUCAGCCAGGAUCCCGAGUACAUUCCGGCAAAAAAGAGUCCUCAAACUAGCUCCUAUAGGCGUCGGCUACUGCUGGAAUCUAUGGAUAUGCCCUUGGGAUCUACGGUGACAACGCCGGGGAGACAGAGUGUACCGGUGGCUCCGCAGACGAGACGUUCACCCACUGCCACGGAUUCCCCGCUCCUCAGGACAUGCUGUCAAAGUGUGCGCUACGAGGCUAUGAGACGGGGUCCAAGCAACACGACUGUGUGCCAGAGUAGCACUAAUCUUCGACGAUCAGCUGGCGGCGGUGUGCCUCCUACUUCAACCACCACCUUCUCCAUGGACUCCAACGCCCAUCUGCAGAACAGAAGAAGCGGCUGCGGGAUCAGCAUCGACAUCUGCAGUGUGGAUUCGCAAUCUGAGGUGGACAACAAUGUAAGCAUCAAGAUCGCAACGGAUGCCUAUCUGCUGAACAAUACGGAUAAGGUGAGGAGCAAGUCCAAGCCGGUGCGCUGUACGCCCAGAUCCAGUGGAACCUUUGGCAUCGACAAGCGACUGUCCAAGUUCAGUGUGAGCGAGACGAAACCUCGGACGAGUGUGGAAUGGGAGCUCCGGCAGAGAGAGAAGGCACGGGAAGCGGAGCGCCAACGAGAACGGGAGCGGGAUCGACAGUUGUUGGAGGAGCGACGCUUGGAGCAGGAGAGGGAGCUUCAGGAGGAGCGAGUGCGUGCCCGCCAGCGGGAGCGAGAUCGUGAGCAGCUCCGCCAGUUGGAGCGUCUGCGGGAUGAGGAGCGUCUCCUAGAGUUGGAAGUGGAGCGCGAGAGGCAGCGACUGCGGGAACUGGAGCGGGAAUCCCAGCGGCACAGAGAAUACGAGCGGCUGUGUGCCCUCCAGGAGCAGUUUCGUCGGGAGCAAAUGGAUCUACUGAGUCAAGAGCCCAUACCUCCCCGACCGUCGGUUCCAAUGACCUCGCACUUGUACACAACCACCUCUGAUGAUCGUUUGCCCGGAAUGGCCUUUUGUGAUUUGUCAUCCCGAAGGACACGGAGAUUGGAGAAUCCGACCAGGCCGAAAGAAAGACGAAAGACUAGAGUAAGUCAGGAUUCUAGAAGUGUCUCGUCCGCUACCCGUUCACUUACUCCCCCACCGAUCCUUACCCGGAAUAGCAGCUCCCCAUCACCCUCUUCAGCAGCUCCGUCCACACCCACCUCCCGUUCAUCCAUUCCAAAUCGGAGGUCAAACCGCUGCUACAGACGUAGUUCAACCCCUGAUCCCAAUUCCCAGCCUAGAACUACUCCAACCAUUCCAAGAGAUCUAGCUCGCAGUAGUUCGGGAACUUCGAAUGGCAAUGUCCAUGUCACAGUGACCACGACCGGGCGUCGGAGCAACUGCAGCAUGAGGCGUUCAUCCAAUGACCACGUUAGCGAGCAAAAGCAGCUAAAUGGAAACCAAACCUGCGUCGCCUGUCUGAAUAAUAUGCCCAUUAGGAUAACCACUUCUCGGUCCAGGGAUACGGAUCUAGCCUUCAGUCUGAACCAUGUGAGGAUGAGGGGAUCAUCUCCAGCGCCCGCGGAAAGGAGCAGCAGCCAGGAAAGCCAAGAUUCCUGUCAGGUUAACAUCAGCGUGUAUGCGGAUAAACUGCGUUUGAUGCGUUUAUAAUAAUAUAAGGGAAAAGUGGGGGAUUAUAUGUGCGAUUUUUGGAACAGAUCAUCUCUAGAAUAUAGAGUUAGCCUGUUCCAGAAGAUGCCCAUAUAUUCCUCUAACUUUUCUAUAUUAGAAUAGCGCCAAAAUUAGUUGUAUCAUUGCUGUUUUUUGACUUUUAAAUAUUCUUAACAAAACUAAA